UAGCCCCAAUAGGCAACAAUUCUAUAUAACCAUGAGUACUGAAGAGAGAGAAAAAGCCGCAAUUAGAGAGAUAGAGAGGCACUGUGGGGUGUCGGUGGUUUUUCUUUUGUUUUUUUGAUGGACGGCGGCAGCGGAGCAGCGAGAGUCUCGAACCGGCGGCGGAGCGGCGAGAAGCCGUACAAGGGCAUCCGGAUGCGCAAGUGGGGGAAGUGGGUGGCCGAGAUAAGGGAGCCCAACAAGCGAUCCAGAAUCUGGCUCGGCUCCUACUCCACCGCCGUCGCCGCCGCGCGCGCCUACGACACCGCCGUCUUCUACCUCCGCGGCCCCACCGCCAAAUUGAACUUCCCCGACCAAAUCGUCGCGGUCGGCGGCGCCCUCAGCGACCUCUCCGCCGCCUCCAUACGGAAGAAGGCGGCGGAGGUCGGCGCCCGAGUCGACGCCGCCGCUGCCAAUCCUCUGUCGUUAAAACCGUCUUGGUUUCACGAAGAGAUCGAUCUCAACAAGCAGCCCGAUCCCGAACCCGAGCCCGAAGACUCCGGGCUUGACUACUGUAGCUCAUAAUUGUUACUACUACAUAUAACCUUUUCUUUUCUUUUUUUAACUUUUGUUUAGUAUUUUUUUUAUAUUUAGGGAAGGGGUGUGAAUGUGUGAUGAUAACAUGCGCCUCGUAGUUUAGAUUUAAUGUUUUGAGAUUUUUGUUUAUUAUUAUUGGUAGAUUUUGAUUUUUUUUAAA